AUGGCCAGGGAGUACAGGAGAGCGUAUGGCCAGGGAGUACUGGAGAGCGUAUGGCCAGGGAGUACUGGAGAGCGUAUGGCCAGGGAGUACAGGAGAGCGUAUGGCCAGGGAGUACAGGAGAGCGUAUGGCCAGGGAGUACAGGAGAGCAUAUGGCCAGGGAGUACUGGAGAGCGUAUGGCCAGGGAGUACUGGAGAGCGUAUGGCCAGGGAGUACAGGAGAGCGUAUGGCCAGGGAGUACAGGAGAGCGUAUGGCCAGGGAGUACUGGAGAGCGUAUGGCCAGGGAGUACUGGAGAGCGUAUGGCCAGGGAGUACUGGAGAGCGUAUGGCCAGGGAGUACAGGAGAGCGUAUGGCCAGGGAGUACAGGAGAGCGUAUGGCCAGGGAGUACUGGAGAGCAUAUCGCCAGGGAGUACAGGAGAGCGUAUGGCCAGGGAGUACAGGAGAGCGUAUGGCCAGGGAGUACAGGAGAGCGUAUGGCCAGGGAGUACAGGAGAGCAUAUGGCCAGGGAGUACUGGAGAGCGUAUGGCCAGGGAGUACUGGAGAGCGUAUGGCCAGGGAGUACAGGAGAGUGUAUGGCCAGGGAGUACAGGAGAGCGUAUGGCCAGGGAGUACUGGAGAGCGUAUGGCCAGGGAGUACUGGAGAGCGUAUGGCCAGGGAGUACUGGAGAGCGUAUGGCCAGGGAGUACAGGAGAGCAUAUGACCAGGGAGUACUGGAGAGCGUAUGGCCAGGGAGUACUGGAGAGCGUAUGGCCAGGGAGUACAGGAGAGCGUAUGGCCAGGGAGUACAGGAGAGCGUAUGGCCAGGGAGUACUGGAGAGCGUAUGGCCAGGGAGUACUGGAGAGCGUAUGGCCAGGGAGUACUGGAGAGCGUAUGGCCAGGGAGUACUGGAGAGCGUAUGGCCAGGGAGUACUGGAGAACGUAUGGCCAGGGAGUACAGGAGAGCGUAUGGCCAGGGAGUACUGGAGAGCGUAUGGCCAGGGAGUACUGGAGAGCGUAUGGCCAGGGAGUACUGGAGAACGUAUGA